CCCGUCGUGUUCUUCACCACACAGGUCGCCAACACUACUGUGAACGAGACACCACAAUAAUACUGUGCAUGAUUGAAUACCGUUGGUGGAGUUGAUUGAGCAGAAAAUUUGCUGGUGUGUGUUAUAUUUCGCCUGGUACGACGUGAUUCGAAGUCGCUCAGCCUGCCGCCGUCAUUUCGACGCCUUCACCCCCCCGCUUUCAGGAAUUUUCUGCGCCCUCGAAUCCCAUUGCACAACUCCAAUUUGAAAUGUUUUGAAUCGCCAUUUAUGCGUUCGUAAAUUGAAGAAUUGUCGGUGCGCGCUAUUGGAGGAGGAGAAGAACGUGAUUGAAUCAAGAUGGAUCCCGAUCAACCGAAGAAAGAGGAUGUUGGGUCGCGACUGCUAAACCGCAUGAGCUCGGUAUUUCGUCGAAAAUCGAGACGUACCCAGUCGACUGUUUCCAAUAUCACCAUUGACGAUACUGCUAAUACAGCAGGAUCUGCUGGUGCGACUGCAAGUACACCACAACCAGCUCUAGCGACUACAAAUAUUAGCACGCUUGCUCGUGACACCACACCUGUCAUGCAGUGGAGCUCCGUCCAACAGGAGCGAGCUCGCGCCUUGUUCGCCAAGUACGGUCUGACCUUGGAACCUGAAGAAUGGAUGUCUCCUCGCAAUCUAGAAGUGCAGCGUGUCGAGAAGUCAAUUCGCAUGAGAGUGCGACGCACAUGCCAUCGCUGCCAGACCACCUAUGGACCAGACAAGGUCUGCGCCAACUGCCAACAUGUUCGCUGCAAGAAAUGUCCUCGUUAUCCGCCCGCCCUAUCAAAAGAAGAAAAGGAAGCGCGGGCGCUGGCGAAAACCCAGGCCAAGUCUGCUGCGCCUGUUGCUACUGCUGCUACUGCUACUGGUAUUGCUACUGGGCCUACUCCUGCUGCCGCUCAAAAGAAGCAGAAGCACCCUCCGCUGACCAUUCCGUCACGCACUGGAGGACAAGACCUCGUCUACAAGCAGAUCAGACAACGUGUUCGCCGAACAUGUCAUCGCUGCCAGACCCUGUUCCGUGGAGAUUCUAAAGAGUGUGAGAGCUGCAGUCACGUUCGUUGCAAGAAGUGUCCGCGUGAUCCACCUAAACUUCAUAAAUAUCCCGAUGGAUAUCCAGGCGAUGCUGAUCCACCACCCGAGCGUCCUCAACGCGUGUGGAGAAAGCCACGCAUGCGAGUGCGCUACUUUUGCCAUCAAUGUGACACCCCUUACAUACCCGGCGAGCAAAACUGCAGCAGUUGUGGACAGGAGAAGGGACCGGAGACGAGACGCGAUCCAAAAUAAAACCCGAACUAGAUCCGGACCUUGUGAGACGAGUUCAAGAACGCUUGGCUGAGCUACAAGUCAGCAGCGGAUAGCGACGUUUAUCUUCAUCGAUCGCGUGUUGAUUAUGACUCAUUAAUAUCGCUUCACGACUGUUCCAUUGUCGGCAUCGUCUACUCCAAAGG